CACAUCCCCGAUAGCAAAGAUGGCGGCCGAGCGGCGUUGACUUCUUCUCCGUUACGAGACGCCAGAUUCGGGUUUAUGUGUUGAGUUUUUCCUCUGAACAUUGUGGGACCGAGUCCGCGCCCAGACACCCGCGUCGCUGAAUUAAAAAUGUUGUGAGACUACGAAGAGAAAAAUUCUUUUCGCAAAGGAGUUGCCCGUUUUAGUUUCGCCGUUGUAAGCGCUUGUGUGCGAGUCGCCGUAGCUAACGUCGCUCCGUCCGUACCAUUGCAAAAUGGCUCCGGUGCAGAUCGGGUCAGACGGGCAGCUCGUCCCGCUCGGAGGUCCGGUGGUGUCGGGUCCACAGCCGCCACCGCCGGGGACCCCGGCCACGCCAGGCAUCCGACUGAGCCUGCUCAUCGAGUUCCUCCUGCAGAGGACCUACCACGAAAUCACCCUGCUGGCGGAGCUGCUCCCUAGAAAAACUGACAUGGAGAGGAAAAUUGAGAUUGUCCAGUUUGCCAGUCGAACCAGGCAGUUGUUUGUGCGCCUGCUGUCCCUGGUGAAGUGGGCGAGCAAUGCAGGGAAAGUCGAGAAGUGUGCGAUGAUCUCCAGCUUCCUGGAUCAGCAGACCAUCUUGUUUGUGGACACAGCUGAUAGGCUUGCAUCGCUGGCCAGGGACGCACUGGUCCACGCCCGUCUGCCCAGCUUUGCUAUCCCCUUCGCCAUCGAUGUGCUCACCACAGGGUCGUACCCGCGCUUGCCCACAUGCAUACGAGAUAAGAUCAUUCCUCCAGACCCCAUUACUAAGAAUGAGAAGCAGACCACCCUGAGCCAGCUUAAUCAGAUUCUGCGACACCGCCUCGUCACCACAGACUUACCACCCCAGCUAGCAAACCUCACAGUUGCUAAUGGGCGUGUUAAGUUUCGUGUGGAAGGAGAGUUUGAGGCCACUUUGACCGUGAUGGGAGACGACCCUGAUAUUCCCUGGAGGCUGCUGAAGCUGGAGAUUCUCGUGGAGGACAAAGAAACUGGAGAUGGCCGAGCUCUGGUCCACAGUUUGCAGGUGAACUUCAUCCACGAGUUGGUCCAGGCACGUCUCUGCGCAGACGAAAAGCCCCUACAGGACAUGUACAACUGCUUGCACUCGUUCUGUUUGUCGCUGCAGCUAGAGGUGCUUCACUCUCAGACUCUGAUGCUGAUCAGAGAGCGAUGGGGAGACCUGGUGCAGGAGGAGAGAUAUGUGCCCGCCAAAUACCUCACACUCACUGUCUGGAACCAACAGGUGUUGGGAAGGAAAACAGGAACAGCGUCGGUACAUAAAGUCACCAUCAAGAUUGACGAGUCGGAUGGAUCUAAGCCAUUGCAAAUCUCUCAUGAACCCCCUCUCCCUGCCUGUGACUCCAAAUUAAUUGAGAGAGCUAUGAAGAUCGACCAUCUGUCAGUGGAGAAGCUGUUGAUUGACAGUGUGCAUGCACGGUCCCAUCAGAAGCUUCAGGAGCUCAAGGCCAUUCUGAAGGCCAGCAAUCCCAGUGACAACUCAUUCAUCGAGACAGCUUUACCCACACUCAUUAUUCCAAUACUCGAGCCCUGUGGUCGUUCAGAGUGCUUACACAUUUUCGUGGACCUGCACUCUGGCAUGUUCCAGCCCAUGCUGUAUGGAUUAGAUCAGUCCAUGCUGGAUGACAUUGAAAAGACCAUCAAUGACGAUAUGAAGCGCAUGAUAUCUUGGCUGCAACAGCUGAAGUUCUGGUUGGGCGAGCAGCGCAGUCGACAGUCUGUGAAGCACCUUCCCACUGUGUGUACUGACGUCCUUCACCUCUCCAACUCAGCCUCUCACCCCGUCGGCAACUUGUCCAAACACAAACUCUUCAUUAAGCUCACGCGUCUUCCGCAAUACUACAUUGUGGUGGAAAUGCUUGAAGUGCCUAGUAGUCCCACAGCCUUGCAGUACAAGUACUCCUUCCUGUCUGUGUCUCAGCUAGAAGGAGAUGAUGGACCCAUGUGCGCCCAACUACUGCAGCAUUUCAAGCCCAACCUAGAGCACCUUGUCCAGGACACUACGGCAGGCAGAGGGGCCCGACCUGGAUCUAAGAGAAAGGUAGCCAGUGCUAGAAUAGUCAUACAAAUGACAUUUGGAGAUCAGGGGGACCCGGAGCCAAAAAAGCCUAAGCGGUCUGGGGAAAUGUGUGCCUUCAAUAAGGAGCUGGCUCACCUGGUAGCGAUGUGCGACACCAACAUGCCUUUUAUCGGCCUCAGAACGGAGCUGUCCAACAUGGAAAUUCCAAACCAGGGUGUCCAAGUGGAGGGAGACGGCAGCAGUCAUGCAAUACGUCUGCUGAAGAUUCCUCCCUGUAAAGGAGUAGGAGAGGAGACCAGGAGAGCUUUAUCGCGAUCGCUACUGGACUGCACCUUCCGACUGCAGGGCAGGAACAACCGAACCUGGGUGGCUGAACUGAUGCUGGCCAACUGUCCACUCAACAGCACACACAGCAAGGAGCAAGCAUCCACGCGUCACGUGUAUUUGACCUAUGAGAACCCUCUGUCGGAGCCGGUGGGUGGACGGAAGGUUGUGGAGAUGUUCCUGAACGACUGGAACGCCAUCAGUCAGCUCUACCAGUGUGUUCUCAACUUCGCACGGGCUCUGCCAGAAAUGCCCUCUUACCUGAGCCUGUUUUCAGAGGUGCGGCUGUACAAUUACCGCAAGCUGGUGCUGUGCUACGGCACCACCAAGGGCAGCUCCGUCACCAUCCAGUGGAACUCUAGCAGCCAGCGCUUCCACCUGGCCCUGGGCACCGUGGGGCCCAACUCCGGCUGCUCAAACUGCCACAAUAUCAUCCUCCACCAGCUGCAGGAGAUGUUCAACAAGAGCCCCAAUGUGAUGCAGCUGCUGCAGGUGCUUUCUGACACACAGGCCCCUCUGAACGCAAUCAAUAAGCUACCGACAGUGCCCAUGCUGGGCCUGACCCAGCGCACCAACACUGCCUACCAGUGCUUCUCCAUUCUGCCCCAGUCGCCUACGCACAUCCGCCUGGCUUUCCGCAACAUGUACUGCAUCGACAUCUACUGCCGCAGCCGCGGAGUGGUGGCCAUCAGAGACGGAGCCUACAGUCUCUUCGACAACACUAAAAUUGUGGAGGGCUUCUACCCAGCUCCUGGACUCAAGACAUUCCUUAACAUGUUCGUAGACAGCAACCAGGAUGCCCGCAGACGCUCCGUCACCGAAGACGACAACCCGCCCUCGCCGGUGGGCGUCGACGUGAUGGACACUCUGAUGAACCAGCUGCAGGCUCAGCAGCAGCAGCAGCAGCAGCAGCAGCAACAGCAGCAGCCGCCACAGACGAUGAGAGGAGGUGCGGGAGGUGUAUAUCCUCUCACGUCACCGCCACCAAAUUACCACGCUAAUGUAACUCCGUCGCCAUCCAUGAUGCCCACCCAGUCGCCAGGGAACAUCCAUGCCUCUGGCUCCCCUAGUGGGGCCCUGAGGGCGCCCUCACCUUUUGGGCCCACCCCGUCUCCAUCUUCUCUGGGCAUAGCCAUGAGCCAGACCAACUUUGCCAGUCCCCACGGUGCUCUGGACCCCAGCUCUCCGUAUGCCAUGGUGUCUCCCAGCCACAGGGGCCAGUGGCCAGGCUCACCCCAGGUCUCAGGGCCUUCUCCUGGGGCAAGGAUCCAUGGAAUGUCCCCUGGUAACCCAUCACUGCACUCGCCAAUCCCUGAUCCUCAUUCUCCACGUGCUGCGACCAGUUCACAAGUCAUGCCUACCAGUAUGCCUCCACCCCGCAAGCUACCUCAGCGCCCCUGGGCUGCCUCCAUUCCCACCAUUCUCACCCACAAUGCCUUGCAUGUGCUUCUGCUACCCUCACCCACCCCCUGCCUGGUGCCUGGCCUGGCAGGGAGCUACCUCUGCUCGCCGCUGGAGCGCUUCCUGGGUUCAGUGAUCAUGAGACGGCACCUGCAGAGGAUCAUUCAACAGGAAGCCAACUUGUCCAUCGUGAACUCCAAUGAGCCUGGGGUGAUCAUGUUCAAGACGGACGUACUCAAGUGCCGGGUUGCCCUCAACCCAAAGAACUACCAGACGCUGCAGCUCAAGGUCACCCCAGAGAACACGGGUCCGUGGUCCCAGGAGGAGCUUCAGGUGCUGGAGAAGUUCUUUGAGACGCGGGUUGCUGGUCCUCCCUUCAAAUACAACACUCUGAAUGCCUUCACAAAGCUGCUGGGGGCGCCCACGAACAUCCUGCGGGACUGUGUGCGCAUCAUGAAGCUGGAACUGUUCCCUGACCAGGCUGCACAGUUGAAGUGGAACGUCCAGUUCUGUCUCACCAUCCCUCCCAGUGCUCCUCCCAUCGCCCCGCCCGGCACCAUCGCUGUGGUGCUCAAGUCCAAAAUGCUCUUCUUUUUGCAGCUGACCCAGCGAAUCCCAGUGCCUCAGGAGCCAGUGAACAUUAUUGUACCCAUCGUGUACGACAUGGCCACUGGGCUCACUCAGCAGGCCGACAUCCCCAGACAGCACAGCUCCUCUGGAGCGGCAGCGCUCAUGGUCUCUAAUAUACUUAAGAGGUUCAAUGAGCUGCACCCGGCGAGACAAGGUGAGUGUACGAUAUUUGCUUCUGUCCACGAGCUGAUGGCCAACAUCACUCUACCCCCUGGCACUCGUCAGUAGUUAACGACAAACUCGGAUCCUGUACUGGAACUCGACUGGAGACCCUUUGAGUCAGAGGACGGGUCCGUCCCUGAGCUGAAGAUGACCCAGCUUGUGGUCCCGAGACAUCAAAAACCCCACAGCAUGUGUCCUCUCCGCUUCAGCCUCUGGACUUCUGACCUGACUUGUAAUAGCUGUUAUGAAAAGGAGUAAAAAUAUGUGCACGGACCACAGUCUUUAUUCUCGAUAAGAAGCUCAGAAACAAGAUUUGCUGUAAAGGUAGAUCUCGGACAUGGGCGAGGGGUCAUUUGAUGCAAAGGGAUAUAAAUGUUAUUUUUUUCUCCUCCUCCAGGUGCACUUGUAAACAAGAUUAUCUAUUGAAAAUAUGGUUGUUUACGAAAAAUAUGUACAUUAUUGUAUAUUUGAGUGUUGAAAAGAACAAUGGUGAGUUAGAAUUUUGCUAGAGCCUGUCUUCAGUUUUGUUUUUUGUUUUUUACAGCGCCGCACUGAUAUUAUUGUAGUAUCAGGAGAUAUAUUCCUCAGCACACUAUUUAAAUACUUUCUCGCCUUUACACUGUCAAGACCUUUGGAUUUUUUAUUUCUGUCUAUAUCACUUUGGAUACUGUAAAAAAACUGUGACAAACUUUAUAAGCCAGUUGUAUUUUAUUACGGACGCAUUUUGAGUCUCGAUCGAACGAUCAUCCUGUCUGACUUUCCUAUUUAAUAAACCAAGCCCGCAGUUGGUUUUCUGCUUUGAGGAUCUUCCACUGGCAGUGCUGAAA